UAGAAGUGUAUACCGUCAUACCAACUGAUAAGGCUCUGAAAUUUAAAAUGCUCCCUCUUGGUCUUGUCGUUGCUCUGGUUUCUUUAACACUGUGCGAGGGGCAACCGAACUGUCACUUUGGUUCAAAAGGUGUCACCUUUGGAGAGUCAUGUUACAAAUUUGUACAUGAACAUUUGAGCUGGCCAGAGGCCGUGACGUAUUGUGUAGCACUUGGAGGCGAGUUGGUUCGCAUCGAGUCGGCUGCAGAGCACAACUUCCUGAUUCAAAUUGCAAAGCAGUUGAAACAAAAUGACACGUCAUUUGAUAUAAAAGACUACUGGAUCAACCUGUCUGAUGUCAUUGUGCAGGGAGAGUGGGCGUGGCUAGGAAACACGAGACUGGAUGCUCCUAGUGACUCACCUAGCAACGAACUGGCUUCGUACGUUAGAUGGGGUCCAACUCAACCGGACAACACUCCUAGAGAGGACUGCGUUGGACUGUGGCUUCAGGGAGAUUUUCUGUUCGGGGAUUGGCCUUGUAGUACUCGUUUACACGCUAUAUGCGAGGACAGCAUGGGACAUUGACACUUGACAGCAAAUAUAAAAAUGUAUCUAAAUGAAGAUAAAAAUAAUUAACAUG